GUAUAAAUUUAUGGAAGCAUAAGUGGAUUAGAGAUUUUUCAAUUGAGGAGAGCUUGGACCAUGAUCCUAGUAUUUUUCAGCGUUUCAAAUCCAAGGUUUCAGAUUAUAUUGUAGAUCAUCAAUGGGGUUUUCAUCUCAUGGUUGUAUGAAGAAUAUUUCUGAGUUUGCUAAGUUGAUUGAAAUUCCAGAUUCAGAUAUGGAUGACAUAUGCAUAUGGAAUCUCUCCAACUCAGGUACCACCUGUGGAGCUGAAUUUACAGCUCUCCUCCUUGGUCUUCAUAAGGCAAAAGCGAUGGACAUAGAUAAAUUGGAAGCUAAUGGCAUGGCUGAUCAUCUAGCUAAAGAGGCUGCAACUCAUGGAACUUCUGUAGUCUUUUUGAAUCUUCCUCUUCUGUGGAAUGAGCUGGUGUGGGAGGCGCAAUCUCAUCCCAGAUUACGUUAUGAGUGUUUGUAAUGCUUGUCUGUUUGGUUGCGUUCUGAUUUCCUGCUGAUGUCAUUGCCGAAGGUGGGUUUCUGGAUCAAUUUAGGUUCUUGUUACUGUCUGGUCAUGCCUAGACGUUAAUUCUGUAUAUUCUUUCUUCUUCUUUUUUUAAAUAAUAUUUUCUUGCUUACCUUUUGCAAAAAAAUAUGUGGAUAUUUGUCCACUUUGCACUAUUGGCUGUAACCAAACACGUUUCCAAUAAUCUCCACAAAGAGCAACCCCCUGUAUAUCAUUUUAUUAUAUAAAAGCACGAAUUCA